GUCAACGUCCCGAUGGCACUGUUGCCCUGGCUGCUGCUGACCCUGGCGCUGGUUGUCCCGGGCAACAGCUUCCUCUGCAACCUCAUCGCCGUCGCCGUGGGAGACAUCUACGCGAGAGGGUGGUGCUCCGUCUGCCAGCUGUCGGAGGCGAGAGCAGUGCUCCUGGACCGGAAGCUGCCCUUCAGGCUGUGGAGGAGGCUGGGAGGAUCGCUGUACGUCCCGGCGUCGGCAGAAGAGAGGAGGGCAGCCCUGCAGACUCCAAUCAAACCAAUCCCGGGCUCCUAUCCAGUUCAAGCCUAUGCUCCGCUGUCCAGCCUGCCAUCUCCCCACACUCCCGAGAUGCAUUCCCAGAGUUUCGAGGGCUGGCGGAACUCUCCCUGUAGUCACGGUCACGGACACAGUCACGGGCAUUCGGCUGCCCACCACAUGCCCAGCCCGAGUGCCUGGGGAGUCCCUGCUGGGCACACUCAUUCCGCCCCCCCAGCCCUCUUUCCUGGGUAUCCCGCCAGCUGUCCCCUCUCCACGAUCAGUCCGGGAGGCCGCCCGCCUGGUGGGAGUAACGCCGGGGUCCCCGAGGUGACCGUGCCGGUGGGCAGUGCCGCUGUGGCGCAGCAGGGGCCGGCAGUGUGGAGUCCCGCCGGCCCUGUGGUCAGAUAAAGAGCUCCUGUCCUGUGAUGGGAAGAUCGGCUCGUGCCUGGUGUGUCCUCUGGUGCAGCUCGUGUCCAGUGACGCUGCAUGGAGAGCUCAGUACGGGGGUGACCUGCAUCGGCAUCGGCAUCGGACUGCAUUUAUUAGCCAUGAACGGUUCCAAGCGGGAUCGUUAGGAAGUGAAACAAGGGGCUUUUCUGGAUGCAGGUGAAUCUUGAUUGUUUGUUUUUUUUUCAUUUUUGAGACAAGAAGAAGGCCUUUAUCAGGCUCUUUUGAAUUCCACAAUGGAGCCUCCGUUCUCCUGUGACGGCUUCCCGUUUGAAAAGCAGCUUUGCAGAAGCCUGUUGUGCAGAUGGAGAGACUACAGGACACAUUCUCUAAGGGGGAUUUGAUUCAACUGACAGAUCCGUUUGGGUCUGGAGUGUGGCUGGGUGUCCCCCCAUUUAGUGAAACACUAAAACAGCUGUUGGCCCUGAGAUUUUAGAAUUAACAGUUGUUUGGGGGGGGAGGUGACCUGUCAUACUUUCUGAGAUUUAAAUACCUCUAAAGAUGUCAGUUCCCUGAAUGUUAUUUGGGAAGUGGCGUGAUGGCAAGGGCUGCUGUCUCAGAACUUGUAGAUACUUGGUUCGACACUUUCCGUGUGGAGUUUGCAUGUUCUUAGAGGGUUGUACGGGUUUCUUCUCUCUUCCCAAAGGCCUGCUGGUUAGGUUAAUUGAUGUUUCUGUGUGCCCUGAGCCAGGGUGUCGUCCUGCUCAUGUAUGGUUCACCUUGAGUGGCUGUGAUGAAGGCUUUGAAUGUUCCUGUCAGUGUGGAUUAAAGAUUAGUUUCUUCUCACCUAGA